AUGCACACAAAAGCUGUUCCGGCGGUGCUCCAACUGGCUGCGUGUCUCAGCCUACUCGCAAGUGGUGGCUAUCAGCAUGCAACAGGCAAUGACUAUUUGAUAGGAAUGUGCCAGAGCACUGUCUCGAAAUUAACGGGCAAUGUUUUGGAAGAAAUUGAAGCCAAAUUGUGUCCUAAACAUAUAAAAUUUGAGCCAGAUGAUUCGAGGAGGUGCAAAGAGUGGUUUGUUGAGAACUAUCAAAUUCCAGGAGUGGUUGGAUGCAUUGAUGGCACCCACAUUGGACUACAAAAGCCCACGGUCAACGAGCACAUGUAUUUCAACAGGAAGGGUUUUCAUAGCAUAAAUGCGAUGUUGAUUUGCGACCACACUACGAAAAUUCUCGCAAUAAACUGCCAAUAUGGGGGUGCAGCCCACGACUCAUUCAUAUGGAAGCAUUCAAACGAACGAAUGGUUAUGGAACAUCGUUUUUUGCACAAUAGGAGUGACAAUGCCUGGCUGCUAGGGGACUCUGGAUAUCCACUUGAGCCGUGGUGCAUAACACCGUACAGAAAUCCAUCGGACGGAUCAGGUGAAGCAAGGUUCAAUGAAAUUUAUUCCAAGGCAAGGUGCAUCAUUGAACGAACUAAUGGUGUACUGAAAGGUCGGUGGAGAAUACUAGAAUACAACAAAAGAGGAAGAUAUGAUCCUAUAAAAGUGGCUAGGUUUGCGAAUGUGUGUGCAGCGUUUCACAACAUUUGUAUACAAUGUAAUGUGAGCUUUACAGCAACAAAUUCAGAGAGUCAAACCGCAUCUGACAUAGUGUCUGAAGAAGGCCAGUAUACUAGAAUCGGCCAAACAAUCAGAGAUCAAAUUAAAAUCUUGUUGAUGAACUCGACAUAA